AUGGCCGAUCGGUCUCUUGCUUGGUUGGUGUUGGCCAUGGCCGCCGUGGGCUCUUGCAUGAGCAUGGCGGUGGAUCAGGCGCCGGGUCCAUGGCGGCAUGCCCAUGCGACGUUCUACGGCGACAUCAAAGGAGGAGAAACCACAGCUGGUGCGUGCGCCUACGAGGACGUGUUUGCGAAGGGCUACGGGCUGCACACGACGGCCUUGAGCACGGCGCUGUUCCAGGACGGGGCGACGUGCGGAGCGUGCUACGAGCUCAUGUGCUACAACUCCACCUGGUGCCUCCCCGGCGCCGGCACCAUCAAGGUGACGGCCACCAACUUCUGCCCCCCCAACUGGUCCAUCCCCAGCGACGCCGGCGGCUGGUGCAACCCGCCCCGCCGGCACUUCGACCUCAGCAUGCCCAUGUUCCUCCGGAUCGCCCAGUACCGGGGCGGCAUCGUCCCCGUCGCCUACCGCCGCAUCCCUUGCAUCCGGCACGGCGGCAUCAAGUUCGAGAUGGGCGGCAACAACGACUGGACCAGCGUCCUCGUCUACAACGUGGCCGGCAACGGCGAGGUCUCCGCCGUUGGCGUGAGGACCACCGGCAGCCAGGAGUUCACGCCGCUGAAGAGGAACUGGGGGCAGCUGUGGAACUGGCCGGACUACAGCGGCCACGUCGGGCAGGGGAUGUCCAUCCGGGUCACCACCAGCGACGGUAUGGUCGUCUACUCCCACAACGUCGUCCCCGCCAAUUGGCAGCUCGGCCAGACCUUUGAGGGCAACCAAUUCUAA